AUGCGCGACCUGUGCUCGGAGUUAAAGGAUGAGCUUCUUCUAAUUGCCUAUGAAUUAGCCCCGGAAUUAGCUGCUGGCGGUGCGUUUGGGAACCUACGCAUGGGCCAGAGCUCAGAUUUUGCCUCCAAUUUUGUGUCGAAGCUGCUUGGCGGCGACGAUGCUGCUCUCAUCACUUCUCGUAUUGAAACGGUGACAAGAGUCACCAAAUCUAGAUAUAAGCUGCAUUACAAAGGUGAAUGGGAGCUGGAGAUCAUCAUCAGCAGUGUCAAGAGGUUGUCAGACAUAAGGUCUUUCCUACUUUCCAAAGAGCUCGGCCUAGCAUAUAACGCCGGCUCACUUCAUUCCAGGCGCAAGGUCGUCCUUGCAGAGACUGUUUCCCUAGACACGCCCGCAAUCGUACAGGAGGAAGAGGAUCAACUUGACAGGAGCUUGGAUCAAAGUGCUGUCGAAGUGGACGAAAAGCCCGAAAUAAAAUUCAAGUACAAGCCAGUCGUCAAUCUUGGCGAGUGUAUCGACAUUUACAUCCUGCACAGGCCUAAAAGACACAGGCAUUCCCAGAGAAGCUAG